GAGGCGAACAGUUUAAAAUUAAUGCGAUUUUAACAUUUAUGCGACACGAGAAUGAGCCGCGGCCACUUUGGCUGCCGAAGGACCUAAACCCUGAACAAGUGAAAAGAAGACAAUAGCGUGGGUUUUGCGCCGGUGGCAGUCCAUGCGUUUCCCGACCCCCUUCCGGUGGAGCCGUCGUCUGUUCACGUCGACGAUUCGGCAGGUGGAGGACGAAGGUGACUGGUUUUAUGCGUCGGAAUGGUGGGGAGGGGACGACAACGAUGAUGGCCACACCGUUUUCCGGUCCCACUCUGUCAAGGGCAAUGGCUCUGUCACCGUCGUCGGGUACCCAUCUUCUAGGCCGGAUGCGGUGCAUUGGGCAGCUGUUGAAAGAUGGCUUCAGCGAAGAUACGAAAAGAUAUAUCCAGACUGUGAUGAAAAUCUCGAGAAGUUUCGAGUGCUUGGUUAUCAGUGGCGUGUGCUUCGCUUUAAUGAGAGAACUCGCCAAAGUACGGUCAAGGUCAUGGCUGCUUACAGGAAGUCUGCCUCUGAAGCUGUAUACCUGAUGCAGCAGCCACAUUGUCUGGCUGUUCCAUAUGUAAAGAGUAUGAUAGCAGCUGGUUUAUCAGCUCUUUCUUCUACACGUUUCAACUUCAAGGGUGCUGUACAUGGUGAUAGAACAUUGCACAUUCUGUGCAUUGGCCUUGGUGGUGGCAGCAUCCCACUGUUUUUGGCUAGCAAAAUUCAAGGUGCCAUAGUCCAUGUGGUUGAGAUUGACCCUGUUGUUAUCAAGGCAUCUAUCCAAGCAAUGGGCUUUCCAUCUCAUUCAACAAAGAACGCAAGCAGUGGAUCCUUGAACAGCAUGGAUCCUCUUGAUCAAGUCUUAUGGGGUGGUCUUCAUGAAAGGCUCUCUCUCUAUGAAGCUGAUGCUGAGGGUUUCGUAGUUAAAAGAGCUGCUGAAAUGUCUAGUCCCUUUUAUGACCUUGUCUUCGUGGAUGCUUAUGAUGGCGAUGACCUUUUCCCUAGGAAGCUGUGGAAUGCUGACGGUCCAUUUCUUAAAGCUCUGGCUACCAUACUUCAUCCUGAUCAUGGAACUGUGGUAGUCAACCUACAUGCAGACACUGACAGCCUAACAAAGUGUACAUCGCCUCUGUUUCACCCUCUGUUACCUAUGGGAAGACAUGUCUAUCAAGUAUGCAAGGCGUAUAAACAAGUACUCGAAGAAGAUUCAGGCGCUGGAGGCUCGGUUCUGUCAUUCUCUGUUUCUUCUCCUUGGGUUCAGAAUAUUUCUCUUGUAAUCUGCCGGGGCUUUAAAGCUACAACAAUGACGGAAAACAGGAGUUUGAUACUGAACACCCUGUUGUCCAGUUCCCAAGAUGUUGAGAACCUCCUGAAAUUACCUUUUCCUUGCAUACAAUAUUUAAAGAACGGAUUUCUUUUGAUUGAUUCAUUAUAGAAAAGCGCAAAGCUUUCUUCUUGAGGUCUCAUAAAUUAUUUGACUUUUAAAUUGAUUUUAUGACGAGCAAGCUGGAGGAUUCAGGGCCUCUCCAUUAACUAAUCGCGUUUGAGAUCUUUCCGUCAGGAGACUAAUAAUGGGGUCCUCAGCGCACAGUUUAUUUGCUUCGUAGAUGUAAUCAAUCCUGGUGGUUUAGCAUAAACUUCUUUUUGCCA